AUGUACAAAUCUUUUCCUGCGCCAAAGUGGUCAUCUCUUAUAUUACUUUUGGGCUUCUUAUUUGGUGUAUUUUCUUCAAUUAUCAAUGUAGUUAAUGCAGUACCCGCUGAUAUUCCUGGUAUUCCUGACCUUUCUAACCCUAACAUUUCUAACCCGACUACUACCGUCGCUCAAAGUUCAGGUGAACUUACACCUCAUGAAAUCGUUGUGGGUAUCAUUCUCGUCGUUACCGGAAUUAUUUAUUGCUUCUUCGGAAGAAGGGUAUAUUAUCUUACAUUAUUCUUGAUUGGAUUUUAUAUAGGAGUCAUUGCUACAUGGAUGGCACUCACUAAUAAUGAACCACCCGGUGGAUUUAGUGGAACCAAAAGCCCAACGAUUAUUUUACUCGUUUCCCUGGCAGUAGGUGUAUUCGUUGGAUUGCUGUUCAUUUGUUGUGCGGAAAUAGCAAUCUGGUUAUUAGGAGCACUUGCUGGUUACUUAUUUGCCUUAUUUAUACUCGCGUGGGCUUCUGGUGGUGUAAUACAUUCAUCUACUGGAAGGAUAAUUCUAAUUAUAGUUUGCGCGUAUGCUAUAAUCCUUGGAGUUGAUAUGUUUGUUCGCACAGGAUUUGCACAAUCUGUUGUUACCUUUUUAGAUGGAAAUCAUAAUCUUCCAGCUUAUGAAACAAAUCCUAAAAUUUAUAUUAUGCUGGCAGCUAUGGUUGUUGCAUUCAUUCUUGGAAAUAGACUUAAAAAUAUGGGAAAAGAGAAACAGUCGGAAAAGGCGGAAAAGUCGGAACACCCGACAAAUCGGGCUUAA